GUUUAUCGCCAACGAUCCGUUAUGGCACGUGGCGUCUGCAAAAUCUCAAAGCCUAAUCAGUUGUUCUAGUCCAAAAAAAAUUUUGCAACUGAACUUCUGUGUUUGCAGAUUGAGUUUACAACUACUUUUGUGAAGUCCAGAAGAAUCUCAAGUUAGAGAAAAAAACCAAUCAUUGGUUUAGUCUCUUUAUAGAUGACUUCAUUAUAGAAAACAUUAUUUUUUAGUAGAAUUAGAAGAGAAAAAAAAAUGCAGGGCUUGGCUCUUCAGACAUCUAAUUCUAUAGCAUCAAGUUAUGGGAAGAGAAAGCUUUCAUUUUUGAAUGUGGUGGAUUCUUUGCCUAGUAAACCAUUCAUUCCUAGAAGGAAUAUUUUGCCUUCUUUAUUAAGAUGUACAGGGCUGCCUAAGUUGCACCAAAGGCAUAGCAGAAUUAUACCAUAUGCAUCUAAUGUUGGUGUCGGAUCUGGAAAUUUCGAAGAAAGUCAAGGAAAUGAAAGCCAAAAAAUUUCGAUGGAUCAGCCAUCUGCAGAUGGUUCAUCAAAAAUUGAGGCACUUCCUACUCAAAUUCCUUAUCCUCUCUCUAUAGCUCUUGUGCUAUGUGGAUGUUCUUUAGUAUUUUCGCUGAUUGCCUUCACGAAAGGAGGACCCUCAUCACUCAUUGCAGCAUUCGCCAAGUCAGGGUUCACUGCUGCAUUCUCGUUGAUAUUUGUUUCUGAGAUUGGAGACAAGACAUUUUUCAUUGCUGCCCUCUUGGCCAUGCAAUAUAAGAGAAUACUGGUUCUUUUGGGAUCAAUGGGUGCUCUUUCACUUAUGACGGUUCUCUCUGUCAUAAUAGGACGGAUCUUUCAUUCAGUACCUGCUCAGUUUCAAACAACCUUGCCUAUUGGAGAAUAUGCGGCUGUUGCGCUCUUGUUCUUUUUUGGUCUCAAAUCAAUUAAAGAUGCAUGGGAACUUCCAAGUAAAGAGGUAGAGACUGGUGAAAAGAGUAGUCAGGAACUUGAUGAAUUUGCUGAAGCUGAGGAGCUUGUGAAGGAAAAGGCGUCGAAAAAGCUCACAAAUCCACUUGAAAUUUUGUGGAAGUCCUUUAGCCUUGUAUUUUUUGCUGAAUGGGGAGAUCGAUCGAUGCUUGCUACAAUAGCGCUUGGUGCAGCUCAGUCUCCGUGGGGCGUGGCAAGUGGUGCCAUUGCCGGACACCUGGUUGCGACAUCUAUUGCAAUACUAGGAGGCGGGUUUCUUGCCAAUUACAUUUCUGAGAAACUGGUUGGCUACUUGGGCGGAAUCCUAUUUUUAAUAUUUGCUGUUGCUACUUUGUUUGGAGUGUUUUAACCAAGUGUCACAUAUGAGAAGACGAAGAGAUCAGAUAGAUAGUCGAGAACAUUGGUAGUGGUAGAGGGCAGGAAACUACCAUCGGAUCAGUAAUAUGUUCAUGGCGUAAGGCAAUACAUUCUUGUACUGUAGGAUAAGUAGAGCCAACUAUUUUAGUGGUCUUUAGGCAACACAUGAGAGUUGUAUUUACAAUGCUGAUAGGACCCUUGAGAAGAUGCUUUUCCCUAAUUGCUGUACAAGUUUAUUUGAAAGACUCAAGAUUUGUGUUUCUUUCUAUUGUAAUAAGUUCCCACUAUUAUUUAUGAUUUAAAAAGUUGUAAUAUUUGUGUCC